AUGGGCUCUAAUAAACCUCGAGGACUUCAGGCAGCUCGCAAGCUGCGCAAUGACCGCCGCGAAAACCGCUGGGCGGACAAAGCGUACAAAAAGCGUGCCCUAGGAAAUAUCUACAAGACGUCACCCACUGGUGGCUCAUCGCACGCCAAAGGCAUCGUCCUCGAGAAGGUCGGUGUCGAGGCCAAGCAACCCAACUCUGCUAUCCGCAAAUGUGUCCGGGUGCAACUGAUUAAGAACGGAAAGAAGGUGACUGCCUUUGUUCCGAACGACGGUUGCUUGAACUUUGUGGAUGAGAACGACGAAGUGCUCAUCUCUGGCUUCGGUCGCCGUGGCAAGGCCAAGGGUGAUAUUCCCGGAGUACGGUUCAAGGUCGUCAAGGUCUCUGGCGUUGGUCUACUUGCUCUCUGGAAAGAGAAGAAGGAGAAGCCUAGGUCGUAA